AACUUUCAAAAGUCAGCAUGCAGUUGGCGGGCUCAGCGGGCGUCCAAAGCUUCUUUCCUCCAUCUUCUUUUGUGGAGGGAAAGCUCUCUAAGCAGGAAUCCCACAUCAAAGAAUGGGAAGACGGGUCUUUUCAAAGCCAGUGACGUCGAGCGCUCUUUUGAGUUUUUCUAAACAGAACGACUAUGGAUGGUUCACUCUUGUGCAUAAAAAGCGGACGGUCCGUCGCCCUUUCCCUCAUAGCCAACCUCUACUAGCCUGUCUCGACAUUUGAUCUUUUAUAUAUACGUAUUAUAAAGAAUUAUCAUGCGUACCUACACCACCUGCUUCCUAGCCGUCAUUGGCUUCUUGGUCGCUGCAGCAGCCGCGGUAACCGUUGGCGAUUCAUGUAACCCCGCAAAAGACAUGUACGCUUGUAACGGCAAGCUGUUUUUACAGUGUAAUGCUGCUACCGGAAACUGGACGCUGCAAAACAAGUGCAAGAAGCCUUGUGCAAAACAGCCCCAGUACGCCCCGUACUGUGCCUCAAAGACUCAAACUACCUUGCCAACGUCCACCCCCGGACCCUUUGAAGCGGGUGCCAGUUGUGGAUCGUACGAGACGGGAUACACGUUUUGUGAUGGCGGCAUUACAGGGAAUGGCAAGGGGAAUUUGUUGCAGUGCGCUGACAGCAAAUGGGUCAUCCAGAACAAGUGUAAUUGCAAAAAAGCUCAGUGGACAGGUUACUGUGCUGCCGCUCCAAAGUCGUGAGGUUUAUAUGAUGUAGCUAGUGAAAAAGUGGGUUCAUUUACAUAUUGUAUAAAUGGAGUUGGGUGUCGUAUAUCGCCGUAAGCUGGGAUCCUAUACAUAAUAAAUGAAAAAGCACCUCCAAAGCUUUAGAGGUUUCGUGAGAAG